UGGAAAAUGAUGAAGUCCCUGUGAGUGAUUUGAUUGUUCGUGAGAAACAUUGCUCUGAGUGUGGGAAAACAUUUAGUCGCAGUGGAGAUCUGAUGGUACACAUGAGAUCUCAUACAGGAGAGAAACCAUUUAGUUGCUGUGAGUGUGGGAAAAGAUUUAGUCGCAGUGGAGAUCUAAAUGGACACAUGAGAUGUCAUACGGGAGAGAAACCAUUUGACUGCUCUGAGUGUGGGAAAAGAUUUCGUCAAAGUGGACAUCUGAAAAGACACAUGAGAGUCCAUACAGGAGAGAAACCUUUUAGCUGCUCUGAGUGUGGUAAAAGAUUCACUUGCAGUGAAGGUCUGAGGGGACACAUGAGAUCUCAUACAGGGGAGAAACCAUUUAGCUGCUCUGAGUGUGGGAAAACAUUUGGUUUCAGUGGCGAUUUGAAGACACACAUGAGAUCUCAUACAGGAGAGAAACCAUUUAGCUGCUCUGCAUGUUGCAAAAGAUUUGGUAAAAAUGUAGAUUUGAAGAAACACAUGAGAUCUCAUACGGGGGAGAAACCAUUUAGCUGCUCUGUGUGUUGCAAAAGAUUUGGUCAAAGUGGGAAUUUGAAGAAACACAUGAGAUCUCAUACAGGAGAGAAACCAUUUUGCUGCUCUGAGUGUGGGAAAACAUUUGCUUUCCGGGGAGAUGUGAAGAAACACAUGAUAUCUCAUACAGGGGAGAAACCAUUUAACUGCUCUGUGUGUUGCAAAAGAUUUGGUCGAAAUGGAGAUUUGAAGAAACACAUGAGAGCUCAUACAGGGGAGAAACCAUUUAGCUGCUCUGAGUGUGGGAAAAGAUUUGGUUAUAGUGAAAAUUUAAAGAUACACAUGAGAUCUCAUACAGGAGAGAAACCAUUUUGCCGUUCAGUUUGUGGAAAAUCAUUUACACAAUGUGGAAAUUUACUUACACUCAUGAGGAGAACUCAUGAAGGGGAAAAUUGAUUGACCUUUUAUUUGGAAAAAGACUGUAAAAAACAACCGUGAAAACUUGUACAGGACAAACACUAUUCAGUUUCAAUGUUUGUAUGAAAUCUUUUACACCAACUGGACAGUUACACGAAUACAUUAAAUCCCACAUAAGAGAGAAACCUUUUAGCUGCAGUGUUUGUCACUAAAGAUUCACUUGACCUUAACAACUCAGAAACUAUCAAUGUUUUGUUUGUUAGUCUGCACAGCCUCCUCAAACUCAAACUGAGGAGAGCAGAGAGGCAGAGCCUCCAGCCAGCAGCUCAACUACACCGAUGGAACCAGAAGUUAACGGAGAGGACUGUGGAGGACCAGAAUCAGCCAGAUACACAUUUUCAACCUGAGACUGAUGAUAAGACAGAAGACUCUUUUAAACCUGCGACUGAUGACAGUGAUAAUAGUUGGAAGGAGACCAGAGAACCUCUGUCAGUCAGUCAUGUGACACUCAAUACGAACCAAAAACAAUUAAGUUACUCAGUGUGAGGUAAAAAGAUUUGUCUGUCAGAGGUGCUUAUGGUCACGUGACAAGUUGAUACAAUUUAUAGUAUCUAGUUUAGGUGCAAAAUCUGUUUUUAUUUUAUGUUUUAAUAAGGAUCCCCUUUAGCUGUGCCCUAAAGAAGAGCUAGUCUUCCUGGGGUCCAUAUUAAACAAUACAUUUAAAACAUACAGUUUAAAAAACAAGACAUAAAGAAGACAAAAACAAAAUUAAACAACAAACUUAAGUUAAACUUUACAGUACAUAUAUAUAUAUUUCAUCCUCAAGCAAAAAAUAUACAUGAAGCCUUCUAGUGUACAGUAACAAUACAUGAAAAUCAGAUCAAGAUACAUCCUAUCGUGUGUGUGUGCGCGUGCCUAUGUAUGUGCCUGCGUGUGCAUGUAUGGUAUCCUACAGGUAUGAUAUUCCCAGGUGUUUCUUAAUUUGCUUUUUAAAUAUUGAUUGUUGUGUCAAUUUAGUCAUUGGCAGUGGUAAGGAAUUCCAUAUUUUCAUUAAUCUAUAUUCGACUGUUUGCUUCAGAAAAUUAGUGUUUGGUUUAGGAAGUGAAAACCGACCCUCUGAUGCUUGUCUAGUGACAUAUAUAUAAGACUCUCAAUUGUGUUUUAACUGAUCGUACUGAUAUGAUGGAGUUUUGGAUUGUAAAAUCUUCCAUAUUGAAGAUACAAGUGCAGCAUUCAUUCUGUCCUCAACUUUUAACCAUUGUAGACAGAUAUGCACUUGUAUUGUAUUGACAUUGGAAAACAAGGCGUGCCGUGUUGUUCUGAACCAACUGGAAUUUGCUUAGAUCUUUUUUAGUAGCAUUUGCCCAUACAAUUUGACAGUAGUCAAGCUGUGAGAGGACAGUAUUAUUUAUUACCAUUUUAGUUAAUUCUGAUGUAAGAUAUUUUCUGCACCGCCUUACCACUGCCAAUGCCUUACCCAUUCCGUUCACAACAGUGACAACAGUGUCAGUGUGUUUUGACUAGGAAUGCUUAUUAUCAAGAAAGAUGCCCAGGAGCUUAAUUUCCUUAACUUGCUGGAUUGGUGUUUUAUUUAUAAAGAGAUUUAGUUCUGGCUCUCUCCUGAGAUAAUAAUUUGAACCAAAUACAAUGCAUUUCAUUUUGGUUGUAUUGAGUAUCAAUUUGUUUUGAAAGACCCAUUUCCCAACUAUGUCUAGCUCCUUGUUUAAGAUGACAUUUAGAUCAACAGAUCUUGUUGCUGAUGCAUACACUGUAGUGUCAUCUGCGUACAUUGUUAAUUUGGCAUCUUUCAGUAUGAGAGGUAAAUCAUUAGUAAAUAUUGUGUACAUAAGGGGACCUAGGCAGCUUCCUUGAGGAAUUCCACAUUCUAAAGACAUGCUAUCUGAGUAAUCACCAUUAAAGAAAACUCUCUGCAAUCUAUUUGUCAAAUAACUUUACAUCCAGGCUAUUGCAGAUGCUCUAAAUCCAUAAGACUCCAGCUUUUCAAGAAGGAGAUUGUGGUCAAUUACAUCAAAGGCUGCUGUAAAGUCUAAUAGGACUGCUCCACAGAUCAUUUUAUUAUCUAAAUCUCUGUACCAGUCAUCUGUCAUUUGAACUAGAGCUGUGCUUGUAGAAUGUCCUUUUCUAUAAGCAUGCUGGAAGUUUGAUAUCAAAUUAUUUACUGAAAAAUAUUUUUGUAUUUGGUCGAAAAUAGCUCUCUCAAAGAUCUUACUUAUUGCUGGUAACAAGCUUAUGGGACAGCUGUUCGGGCCAUUGAAGGAUGUUUUCCUGGCUUUAGGCAAAGGAAUGACUUUUGCUUCUUUCCAAGCCUGUGGAAAGAUAGAUUGUAUCAGGCUGGAAUUCAUUAUGUGACAUAUAGGGUUUGCUAUAUAAUUAACAGCUAUCCUAAUUAGUUUAUCAUCUAUAUUAUCAAUUCCGGAUUGUUUGUCAUUGCAUGUUAACUUAAUUAAUUUUUCAACUAUUUCUGUUUUUAAUUCACUGAAUUCAAAAUGGCAUGUUUUAUCUCAUAUUUUUUAUGUUAGAAAUUGAUAAACUAUUGUCUGUACCAUAUGAUAAUUCCUUCCUUAAUUUAUAUACCUUACUUCUAAAAUAAUCAUUCAAAUAAUUUGCAAUUUCUUUGGGUUUAGUAAUAAAGGUGCCUCCACAGUCAAUAUAGGUAGGUUGUGAAGAUGACUUUCGACUCAUUUUUUUAUUCAAUGUGCUCCGAAGUUUUUUACUGUCAUUCCUCAUUCUGUUUAACUGUAAAGCAUAAUAUUGUUUCUUUUUCUUUCGGUUGAGCUUUGUAACAUAAUUCCUCAGUUUACAGUAUUUCUGUCUAUUAUUUAUAUUACCACUUUUUUUGUUCCCUUUCCUUUGCCUUAUCCCUCAGAGACAUAUGGUCUUUUAACUCUUUGUCGACCCAUGCUGCUCUAAAAGUUUUCACAGUCAGUUUUCUAACAGGUGCAUGCUUGUCCAUAACUGGUUGAAAAUUUUCCAGAAAUACUGCUAGUGCUUUAUCCAAUUCCUUUUCAUCAUAAAUGUUUGACCAAGAUAUGUUGCUAACAUCCUCCAGGAAGGUUUCCUGAGAGAACCCCCUGUAGAAUCUUUUGUACACAAUUUUUGGUUUAGCUUUGGGUGCUUUACUUUUCCUUGCAAAUGCUACUACUAAUGCUGCACCCUACUGGGACAGAUACUGCCUUGAUGUAAGAAUCAUUUUCACUCAAAAAGAUAUGAUCAAUACAGGAUGAAGUGUUGAUACCCUUGUUGAUAUUUAGUUUGUCUAGUUGGUUGUGUUAACAUUUGUUUCAAACUACAUGCAUCAGUUAUGGUAAUCAAUUGUUGCUUUAAAGGACAAUUGUGGGACAGCCAGUCGAUAUUUAAAUAAAAAACAACUUCCAUGUUCAAUUCACACACUUUAUCCAGAUUCUUACCCAUAACCUCUAAAUAAUUACGGUUUGAGUUUGGUGGCCUAUAGCAGCAGCCCAGUAAAAUUAAUUUAGUGUGGGGCAAGUUAACCUGAAGCCACAAUACCUCAGUUUCCUUACACAUGAUAUCCUCCCUAACUUUCACUG